ACUGGCAACACCGAUUGACGAUCGUCAAAGUUGAGCGAGUGGUUGCAUACCCUGCAGAUUAUUGUUUUCUCGUUUUGUUUAUUGGAAUCGGAAAAUUUGGAACAUUCUAAAACAACCGUUGUGUUUGUUCAGUGUGAUUUAGUGUAAAUUGAUGAAUAACAAAUUAUUGUUGUCGACGUAUUACAUUUUAUUAUUGAAUGUUGUAAUAAUUUAUAGCUUUGCUAUUUUGUAGUUGAGGUUAUAUUCGAUCCAACCGGUCCUCACAGCUUUUGAUGCUUUCUUAUUAUUUUGUUUGUGGAAUUUCCCUGAAUGCAUCCAGUGUCAACCGAUUUUCGCAUGUAGAUAUGAUUCGUUGAACAAAAAAGAGUCUGGAAGAUGCUAUCAAGUGUGAGCCUGUACAAUGUUCCCCCUAAUGAUAAAGGUAUCCAGUUAUCUCAGUUAGAAACUAUUAUCAACGAUCGCAUGCAGCUAUACCAAAUUCUCGAGAUGGCAAGCAUUAGGAAGGGUGGUUUACCGUGGGAGCAAUAUAUCAUGCAGCAAAUAAGACAUUACAAACUACAAAACUACAUUGAUCUUCUGGAAGACUGCAUCAUUUUUGUAGAUAAAGUCCAGACAUGUUGGAGGGAUGAAAUGGCUCAUUGGAUAUUGUUGUUGUUUUUCUGUCAAUCUCAGGAGCUGAGGGAGCUCUUCAUCAAAAGAGAAACAGAAUGGUUAGUACUGAGGUACAAGAAUGCUUCUGCUGAAGAUCUUAACUUGUUCUUGAAAGAGAACCAUUUUGAUUUUCCAGAGGUUUCUCAGGCAGAGAAAAAACAAUUCGAGAAAGAAUUUGCAUCAUGCAACUAUAAAAGAUCUAGAUUGGCUGGGAAUUUCCACAAGACACACUGGAGCAAUGUACAAAAACUGGUAACACUUAGAAAAGUGUUCUUACACAAAGGGAUGGCUUACUUCCCAAAGGAGCUUUUAGUAUAUGCUGUGCAGCAACACUUUCAGGAACGACUAAAUAAAAAACUGACGUGGGCAAGACGCGUGGGAAUUCGAGAUGAACGAAUUUACCACCUGAAGCCCAUCAUGCCGGUGGUAACCUCAAAGAGCUUUAAUAUCCCUAUUGAAGUGACUACGGACAACGUGGAUAGGGUGGCUGAACAGCACUACCCCCUCUGUAUGCUCCAUCUGCAUAAUUAUCUCAGGCGGAAUCACCAUCUCAAGUAUGAUUGCAAGAUGCAGCUAGGCAUUUUCCUCAAGUGGGUUGGCAUGUCGUAUGAGGACAUGCUCGUUUUCUGGAAGGAAGAGUUCACUCAGGUAAUGACUGAAGAAAAAUACGAGAAGGAGUACGUGUACCUAUUCAAGCACCAAUAUGGUAAAGUUGGCAGCAAACUUCAAUAUAAACCAUACACAUGCGAAAGGAUACAAAGUUUCACCCCGGCCGUGAAUCAAGAACACGGCUGUCCGUUCAAGCACUGGGACCAAUCUUCACUGAGCGCCAAGCUGGAAGAAGAAUUAGGCGGCGACUACGAACAAUUGCAGGAUAUAGAGGACCUGGUGCGUGAAAAGCACUACGUGGGGGCAUGCAACAAGUACCUCUGUUACAAGAAUCCAGCCGCUUCCAGUUCAGAACCCAUCGCAAGUCCGAAUGAGUAUGUGCAGAAGAGUAUGCUUAGCGACUUGUACGGCGUGAAUGAAGUAAAAGACUGCCUUGAUACGCUGCUUGACACUUUGUGAGUUAUAUUCGAAAAGGAACGGCGAGAGAAAAAUGCGAAUACUUAUUGUUGCCGUGGGAUGCUUAGGGAUUAUGGCGACAAAAACCUUUCAUGUGAAUUUAAAUGUUUGUAAUUAUGUAUUUGUUUACAUGUGUCCAGUUUACCGCGACUAAUGCAGUUGGUUAGAAAGCCAUUCUGGGGUAUUUUUUGAGAAUGUACUCUUUAUUUUUUUGCAGUUUUCGAGCUGGUGUUAAAAGAAUGCCGCACAAAACAUGAGUAAGGGGGUACAUGUGCAGGGAUGCUGAUGACUUACUUUUUUCACUUUUUUCGAUCCAUCUCACUUUUACUUAAUUUUCAUUGAAAAUAUUCACUUUUCUCGCGUACAUAUAGUUUAUGGAUGUUUUCUAAGAAGCUGUCCUUCUCUCAAGCCCCACGAAAUUAAAUGCAGAGAGUUUUUUUUUACAAAAAAGUUGUUCAUGUACAGGUUUCUCCGGAGAAAUUACUGGAUUAGUUUUAAAUCUAUGUUGAAUUUAAACCCAACUUUGCUAAAAACUAUAUAUAUAUUAAAUUGGGUCAAGAUAUACAUUCUGUUUAUCAGCCAUACCAUCACAUAAUUUUAUGCGGCGAUUUCAAUAUAGAUUAUUACAAUCAAGGUACUAAAUCUGGAAACCCGAAUAGUGAAUUCAAUUUACCUCCAUCAGUGAGAUGACCGACAAGAAUAGAAUGUAGUUCAGUCACCACUAUUGAUAUAUUAACAAAUUUUGAGGAUAGUGGUACUUCCUGCGCUUUAGUGAAUAAUGUGUCAGACCACAGGACAAUCUUCUUCGAAUUUUAUGAAAACAUCUCAACAAAAAACAAACCUAAUAAUAAAAUGUGCUAUGAUGAAGACACAAUAAAUAAAUUUAUAUCAGAUCUACUAUAUGUGCUGAAGAUUGGUGUCCACUAUAUAACAUGAAUGAUGUUAGCCACGCCUUUGGACAUUUUUUUGAGGUAUUUAACUAACAAAUGAAUUUUCAACGGCGAAUGCAUACGAUUUCAACCACAAGUAAAUUAUGGGUGAACGAAGAAAUCGUGCAUACAUACUAUUCACAACUUGAAGGAAUUUUAUUAUUUAACAACAGUAGUUCCAGAAUGUAAAUAUCAGUAUAUUAUUGGAAAAAAGAAACAACACAAGAAAUUAAUAGAAUAGAUAAAUUAAAGUAUUAAAAGAAAAAAAAUGAUUCCAGCAACAAAACUACAGCUGUCUGGGGAAGACUGUAUCUGAACUGGCCGGAAAUAAUACAAAAAGUUAAAAAUGCACCUUUAAACAUCGUCAAAAAUAUUCCAACAAAUCCCAUUCAUAAAAAAGUAUUCUACUGAAACAGCAAUUCAAAUGGUAGCAGAAGAAUGUGUACAGUAACAUUGUUCUUAGAUUUCAAGAGAGCAUUUGAGACUGUUGAGAGGGAGAAAUUGUUAACGAAAUGGCAUUGCUAUGGAUUUCAAGGUUCAGUAUUCAACUUACUACAAAAUUAUUUAAUCAAAGACCUAAAAUUGUCAAUACAUUAUCAAACAUUAAAAACAUUUCGGUAGGUCUGCCCCAGGGCAGCAAAUUAGGUCCAUUACUAUUUACUUGAUAUAUUAAUGAUAUUCCUGAUAUUUUACAACACUGCAAAAUUCAACUAUUAUAUAUAUAUAUAUAUCAAAUAAAGGCAUUGAAACUGCAAUAUAGCUGUUAAAUAAUGAUAUGAAAAACGUAAUAAACUGGUUAAAUGUAAAUAAACUUAAACGAAACACAAACAAAACAAAAUAUACGCUAAUAGGAAAAUCUUUAGAUCAAAAUACGAUAAAUCUUACAAUUAAUCAUGAAAAAAUUGUGUCAAUCGAAUCAUUUAAAUAUUUGGGCAUAUACGUAGACAGUAAAUUAAAAUUUGAAGGGCACUAUGAAUAUAUUAUUUCAAAAAUAUUUAAGAAAAAAAAAUACUUUUAUAGACUUUCGCAUAUUAGCCUAAGCGUUUAUUCUAAAAAAAAUUUGUACAACACUUAUCAUUCUUCCUUAUUUGUUAUAUUGUUCGACUAUUUUGUUCACUGCAAAUGAAACUGUAUUUUCAAAAUUACAAAUAUUACAAAAUAAAGCUAUGAGAAUCAUCUUAAAUCAAAAUAAAUAUUUUCAUAUUCAAGUUAAAAAAUCAUCACUUCGAAAAUUUUAUUGUAUUGAACAAUGAGUGCCACAAUUAUUCUACUACAAAACUGCUGUAGCAAUAUAACGAACAGGUCAGUAUUUCAAAAGAGAUUGUACGAAUUUAAUAAGUUAUGUAAUGAUAUCAAGAUGAGUGUCAGUUUGAAAAUGUUCAAAGGGAAAUUGAAAAAAUACCUCAUGGAAAACCAGAAUUCAUAGUAGUGAAAUUUUGUAUAAAAAUAUGUAGUCUUGAAGUCAUAAUAUAUUUUUUGAUAUACUGUGUAAUAUGGAUAUUGUAGCAUUAAUGCUAAAUAAAUCUAAAACAGACAAAUAAGCAUACCUCUAGUUCGAGUAGGGCACUGCCUUUGAUGUUGCUGUAUCCAUUUACUGAUGAAUUAUUUGACUUAAUUAAUGAAAAGCUAAAAAAUAAAUUAGUCUAUACUUAAUUGAGUACUCUUUACAUGCAGAUGAUACUUCAGUGGUGAUAUUGAAUAAGUGUGACCUUAGAAGGAGAUAGUGGAGUUGUACUGCAAAAUAUCCACAAGUGGUUUAGCAGCACUAAGCUCUAUCUAAAUUGUGGAAAAACAUCAGUGGACCAAUUUCACAACAUCCAGAAGAAACCUAUGAUAUUAAAUAUCACUUUUAAUGGCUCAAGAAUUUCCCUUGACACGCAAGUAAAAUUCUUGGGCUUGUAUCUAGAUACAGGUUUAAAUUUUAAAGACCACUGUGUAUAUAUUGCUUCAAAGAUAAACUCCCAAUCAUAUCUUAUGAAAAAUUUAUGGAAUGUCCGUACUGAAGCACAUAUAGUUUCUGUUUACUAUGCUCUAGUUGAGACACGACUGAGGUAUGCACUAUGCUUCUGGGGUUUAUCACCAAAUGCCCAGCUAGUAUUUUUGGCCCAGAAAAGUGAUUAGAUGUAUGAUAGGAGUCAUUCUUGUAAGAAUAUUGUUAAGCGUCUUAAGAUUUUUACUUUACCCAUCUUUAUUUUUAAAUAGGUAUUUAAACAAUUUCAACUCGUACUCGACCAGACAAGCUGGAAAUUUAAAUGUGUGUUUUGCCAAGUAUAAGAUCGCCGUCAGAUCUUUGGAAAUACUGGGCUCUCAAAUUUUCAAUAGGCACCAAACCACAUUAAAGAGUUUUCAGAUAUACAUAAUUUUAAGGCUAAACUGACAGAAUUUCUUGUAAGUAAAUGUUAUUACGCCAUCUCUGUGUUUGUUAUUUUAUGAUUUAUGUGUUUGUUUUAUACAUAUAUUUAUAUUGUGUUGUUUUAUUAGUUUUUAGUCUGACGAAUCCUAUACAUACAUUGUAAUGUCUCUCAGGAUAAUAAAAAAAUUUAAUUUGAAUUUGUUUAUGAAGGCAAAGUUGCGUAUUUAGGUAACUAAUAAAAUGUUAGAUAGCUUGGCAAUUCAGAGUAUUUUUGGAGAGAGAGAGAGACGGAAAAUACGGAUUUACUCUGAACCGUUUUCGUUUUCUUCUGGCUUAAUUUGAGCUGGGAUGUCAAUAUAAAUUGUUUUGUACA